AAGGUCCAUCAUCAAUGAAUGGCUCUUAUUCUUCCAUGGUUACUGGCAGCUUUGCCUAAUUGCCAUGGAAUGUGGAUAUAUUCCUGCCCAGGUCAAGUUGUUUCAAUUUUCAAAGUCAUCUGUGUGCAGAGCUGACCAGACCGAAAUUCUUCUAUAUAUAGAAUGAAUUGGAAAUUGCAAUGAUUGGUUACGUUAAUUUCUCAGCAUUUGAGGAAUGACCCGGUCAAAUAUUUUCAAUAUUAUUUAUUAAUACUUGUGGUAAAACUUUUUUUUUUAAAUCACCGGCAAUGAGUAUGACUUGGCCCAAGGUGUCUAGCCCAAAGGACGUGAGUUAGUCACAUUCACUCCCCGCCACAUUCACUCUUUGCUGUUCCCCAAUGGGUCCUCAACAAUGUCAAGUUUGCAACCAAGUUCAGUCCAAAUACAAGUGCCCUUCAUGUUAUUUACCUUACUGUUCCCUGGUUUGCUUCAAGAAACACAAAGAAUUUCCAUGUGUCAAGCCACCCUCUUCAGAAGCCAAAACAACUGCUGCUUUGGAAUCACCUGCAAAAGAGCCAAUAGUCAUUGAUGAACCAAUUGAAGUGUUGCAAAAAUACCAACUGGAGGCUAUAGCCUCUUCCAGUGAGAUUCGCGAUGCUUUGAAUGAUAAAGCGCUUCAAGAACUAAUUUUCCGCAUUGAUUGUUCCUCAAAUGCAGAGAAUGAACUUGAUAAAGCUAUGGAGGAGGAGGCAUUUCGCUUGUUCACAGACAAGAUUUUAUCAACCACCAACCCCUAACUGCAAGCACACGCCGCUGAAAGCAAAAUUUGUGAAAGAAAGUUAAAUAUGAAAGGAACAGCAGAUAGAACCCCUAAAGUCUGCAGGUUUUGUUUAUUAGAUUUAGAUAUAUAUAUAUAUAUAUAUAUAUAUAUAUAUAUAUAUAUUUCAGCUGUACAGCUCAACCCCAUGAUUCAGCUUUUGAUGUGUAAGAAAUUUUGUAUCUUCAUUGAGCUAGUGUAGUGUAUGGGCCAAAGAUUGAUUUUGAUGGUAUAAUAUAAUCCUCAAAUCUGUGAGUGUUGUCCUUUGCUCUA